CUCUCUGCUGACUGACUGAGUCCUCCGUCCUCUUUCCGUCUCCCUCCUCAGCUGUCUUUGCCGGUUAUUUUUAGGUUAAUUCUAAAAUAAAUUCAAGAAGCAGGAGAUACUCACUUUGUUAUGGUUAUGAAACAAUAAAGUGGGUAUCUGUCGCCUACGGAGCGCCAGAAAGUGAACCAUGUCAGGCGACGUUCAGCCAAGAAAACGUAAGGAUAAGAAAAAGAAAAAAGAUGAGUUAAGUUUAGAAGAGCCUCGUGGAACGGCGGCGGCGCUAGGCGAAGGCGAUGUGUUUAUGCAUUCGCAGCACGACCAUGGCACCGGGGGCCACUGGUGUGCAAAGAUCAUUUUCUUCUCCCUCCUGGCUGUACUUAUCACACUAAUUGGACUGAUAAUAUUGGAAAACAGAGGACUUUCUGAAUUGGAAGCAAAUGCAGUGGAGUCUCGAUACUCCGGUAUUCUGGAGGGAUGGCUUGAAGAUGCUCCUGAUGACGACCACCAUGAUGAACAUACUCUAGAACUAAAACAUCAUGCUGAUGACGAAGACGAUCAUGAUGUCGCCCAUGAUGAUCAUGAUGAAGAUCGUGGCGAUGGAGAUGAUGAAGAAGAAGAGGGCCAUGAUGAUGAAACCAAUGAAGAUGAUGAAGAAGAGGAAAAUGAUGAAGAUGAACAACAAGAUAGUGAAGAACGGAACUUAGAAGCUCCAGAUGACGAGGAUGAAGAUGACCGACGUCCAUACAAAUAUUUCGCUGAUGAUGAUGAUGAUGAUGAAGAAGAAAAAGAUGAUGAACCCGGAAAUGAUGACGACGAUGAAGAUGAAAGACCUAAUAAUGAUGAAGAAGAAGAACCUGGAAAUGAAGAUGAUGAGGAAGAUAAUGAGGAAGAUAAUGAAGAUGACCAAGAUGAUAACCAGGAUAAUGAUAAUCUGAGCAAUGAAUUUGACAAUAAUGAGCAAGAUGAAGAACAAGAUGAUGAAGAUCAAGAUGAUGGAGAUCAAGAUGAUGAAGAUCGAAAUGAACAAGGUGAAGAAAAUGACAAUGACGAUGAAGAAAUUUUUUCUAACGAAGAUGAUGGUGAACAUAACGACAAUGACGAGGAUGAGGAAGAGCAUGAAGAAGAUGAGGCUGAUGAUGAAGAAAUAGAAGUGGAAAGGAUCGAAAAGGAAGCGUCGGAGGAAGAGCCUAUAUCUACAGAGCUGCCCGCGCUUCCCGAGGAAGACGACGACGAUGAUGACGAUCAUAAAGAAGAUAAUGAUGAUGAUGAUGCUGAGGCUGACAACGACAGUCAUGAGGACGAAGACGAGAACGAGGCUGAAGGCGAAGACGCAGUAGACGAUGACUUCUUAGAGGCAGACGAUGAGCCCGUCGUGGAACGCAUCACUGCGCCCGCUGGGAAACCCUUCGUUGAGGUGGAAGAGGACGAAACGUCGUCAGAACAACCUCCGCAGACGCUGGAAGAGGAAGAGGAAUACGAGAAACAACAGGAGGAUUUGCGACGCGAAGAGGAACAGUCUUCCUCCCACAUAUGGCUGAAGCUGGUGAUAGGCGGCGCGCUGCUCGCCGCCACGCACGCCGUCAUGAGCCGCGCCACCGCGCCGCGGGAUGAGCCUGAAGAGGAACGCGAGAUUCGCGAAGAAACUCCAGUUGAUAGGAGAAUGACCCUUAUACCGGAAGAAACGCCCAUACCUGUUAUCCAAAAAAAGGUACAACAGAGUAAGAAAGCAGUUGAAGAAAUAGUGAGAAAGGCAACGCCGGUCGUGCAAGCAGCGCCAGCCAAAGAAGAAAGCGAAGAGGAGGAGGUUGAAGAACCAGAAGAAAUCGAAGUAGAGGAAAUGGAAGAUCCAAAGAAAGACGAAAAAGAUAAAGAGCUUUACAGCGACGAGGAGGAAGAAGAAGAAGAGGUAGUGCAGAAGAAAGAAGCGCCUAAACCGACUGUUCAAAAACCACAACCAAAACCAAUACCGGAACCAGAACCAGAAGACGAAGACCCCGAUGAUGUUGAGAUCAUAGACGAUGAACAACUCGAAGAAGAAUUGGAAGAAGAAGAAGAUGACGUAUCGGAUGUUGAUGACGCGGAACUGCUCAGCAGACUGGAGGCCAAAUACGGCCGGCUGCCGGAACCGGACCGUCCCGCCCCCAAACAUAAGGACGGAGGUAACAGCAUAGACGACGAUUGGCCGGGCGAGCCGAGUGAUGCGUUCUGGCGCCAACAGUUGGACUCUGCUGAACAAAACCUCCGCCAGGGCGAGUGGACGGCGGCGUUGGAGCGGCUGAGCGUGGCCGAGCUGCGGCCGAGCGGGCGCGCGCGGUACCUGGUCGCCACGGCCCUCGACCGCAUGGCUGAAGCGAAACGCGACAACGGCCUGCUAUCGCGGGCCAUCGUCGCCUACCUCGACGUGCUCAAGAUGAACGAACACCUCCCCGAUAAGAAGCUCCUCCAAGUCGCGCAAAGAGCCCUCGACAGAAUACAGUUCAGAGGUAAUUACUUGAAUGCGGAACCUGUCUAUCGCCUACUAAUCCGUCGGUUUCCCAACGAACCAGCUUACCGGAACAACUUGACCAUUUCCUUCCUAAUGGCUAACAGAGUUGACUUGGCGGAAGAUGUGCUGAAAGAGACUCUCGCCCGAUGGCCGAAUGAUCGCGUGGCUUUAGCUCAUUACGCGUUUGUACUGAAAACUCAACAGAACAAGCUGGAAGAAGCCGUUGAAAUGUUCCAAAAAGCAUUGAAAGGUGACAAAGGUCCGGCUUGCGAACCCCGAUUCUAUUAUCACUAUGGCGACGCAUUGUUGCUGCUAGGCCGCUACAAAGAAGCACACGAAGUGCACAAGCGAGGAGCUAAGUAUGGACACUUCUUAUCACCAGCACAGCGGUCUCUGUAUAACGUAGCACGACUGAGAGGUCGACCGUGGUGGAACGUCGCCGACACUCCAUACACGAAAUUAGCCAAAGCAUUAGAGAAGGCUUGGAAGGAUAUACUCAUGGAAGGACAAGCCGCCAAGACUCUCUAUGAGCAAGAGAAGGAAGGUCUGAAGGAGCGCGGGGAGUGGUCGCAGAUGGAUCUUUUUGUUCGUGGGCAGGAAAUACCUGGGCGCUGUAAAAGGGCCCCGGUGACUUGUUCUAUAAUACGGGCGGAGCCUGCAGCGGCGGGUUGUAGACGAGGGCAGAUCAAGUUUAGCGCUAUGGAGCCAGGUACGCACGUGAGACCGCACGUCGGCCCUACCAACUGUAGACUGAGAAUGCACUUGGGCCUAAGCAACACCAAAGAUACUUACAUAAGAGUCGAUCAGGAAACGAGGCAAUGGCAAGAAGGCAAGGUGCUGUUAUUCGACGACAGUUUCGAGCACGAAGUGUGGCACAACGGCACGGGCAAGCGGCUAGUGCUGAUCGUCGACGUGUGGCACCCCGACCUCACAGCCGCCGAGCGACGCUCGCUUCCCGCCAUUUGACGCGCGCCAACGCCGCCGCCAUCUUGCACACGUUUUAAACUUCGAAAUAAUUUCCAAAGUCACUAAUAAUUGUGCAAAACUAAUUAUAGUCCCUGGGCCAAGCGCCAAACUCGUCAGUGAUUUCCUUCCAGAAGAAAAUUUGUAGGGUGGUUCGCAAAGUUGUACCAUGAGCCCCGUGCGUAAACAUCGGAUCCAUUAGUGCGUUCAAAAGCAGCAGCCUCCCAAACUAGCAAUAAAUAAUUUUCUGUUAUCGACUCCUGAUUGUGACCUUCAUGUGACCAGUUGCGGCCUUUUCCACACGCUAUAGCCAGCUGACGUUUAGUUUUCUGAGAUGAGAUUUUGGGGUAGGUAUAAUAAUUUGAUGCACUUUUUAAUCAAGAGGAUUGAUUUUUUUGUAAAUUAUGUAGGCUGCCUAUGCUCAACCCACCAACGGUUCGAGAGCUAACGUUCGCGGGGUGUCAUGUCUACAGCUCUAUGAACGAUUCUACAAGUUUUCGUCCGGGAGGAAAUGACUGACGAUUUUUACUUCUGGCCCGGGGAGUAUAACGUUUAUGAACGUCAAUUAUUUUUGGAACAUGUCGAUUAGGAUUAAAUCGUUGGUAAUAGAAUCUCAGACCUAAAAUAAAAGACAGUAUUGCCGCCGGGAUUGUGAAUGUUACCAACGUCGUCAUUGUAAAUAUGUGAGCGAAAAUGCAAGUGUACAGGGGGUUAAAAAGACCACAUCGAAGCAAUUCAUCUAAAAAGCAAUAUUGCAAUUUGACAUUUGCGCAUAUAAAAGUAAGUGCGCAAUGCACACAAAUGUCAAAUAACAAUAUUGCUUUUUCACAUGAAUUGCUUUUACGUGGACUUUUUAACCCCCCAGUAUAUGUGAAGAGUGAUUGUUUAUAGCUUAAUAGUUGUUUAAUGCCCCUUUACACUACCCUUCUAUUUGCAUUUUGUUGUGUUUGAACUAAUAUCUAUAAACAUAUUAUUAUUAUGUGAUAUUUUUGCAACCUUUAUUGUAAGCAUCUCAUGUAGUUUUAAGCAUUUGUUAUUAGUUAUCAAUAUAAUUGAAAUGCUCGAUA